AUGGCACCCGCCAAGGCCCAGGAGAAGGCAACGGGGACGCCCCACGACGAAAUGUCCGAUGCUGAGGCAUCCAGCGUCCACUCGGACGACGAGGGCACCCCCCAGGACGGCAGCAAAGCCGACGACACACCUUCGCUACCACUGCAGAAACGACGAAGAGUCACUCGAGCGUGCGACGAAUGUCGGAGGAAGAAGAUCAAGUGUGAUGGCAAACAGCCCUGCACCCACUGUCAAGUGUACAGCUAUGAGUGCACAUAUGACAAGCCGUCUAACCGACGUAGGAACCCGGCGCCCCAGUACAUUGAGGCACUUGAAAACAGACUACAGCGAGCUGAGGCCCUUUUGCGCGAGUUCAUGCCUGACGUCGAUCUCAACGACGCCAGCCUCGACCCGGCAGUUCAGCAGGAGUUCCGCUUGAGGGAACAGGCACGCAACAAGGCCGUCAAGAAGGAAGACGUGUCGGGCUCCGCAUCCAUCAAAUCAGAGGAACGGCUAAUGUCCAUGAUCUCGGGCGUUGGGCAGCUGGAAUUCGACGACAAGGGCGACUACGACUUCCAUGGUCCUUCCUCAGGGAAUGUCUUUUUCCGCCGCAUGAAGAACCACUUCAAAUCAUUGCUGGGCCGUGACUACCAUGUGCCAGUGCUCCCCCGCCCGCCCAAGCCCUCGAGCAUCAUGAACAUCGACUCGCCGCAGUUAUCGGCCAUCAGCUCACCCGGGAGUAGCAGGAGAGGAGUGCCGUCCGACGUGUGCGACUUGCCUCCCAAGGUGAUCGCCCGGCGGCUGUGUUCCUACUCACUGAAGUACGCGACGUGUCUUUUGCGCAUUGUACAUGUCCCAUCGUUCUACACCAUAUUGGACAACAUCUACGAAAAUCCACCUGGGAAACUGGGAACCUAUGGCACGGAUGAAGACAGAGGCUUAGCACUGCUGUAUUCGGUACUAGCCCUGGGAUGCAUGUACAAUGUUGCUGAUGAUAAAGAGUCGAAGAAGGCACCGUACGAAAUUGCCACAGAUCAGGGUCUGAAGUAUUACAACUCAGCGCGGUUCCUGCUUCCGGAUAUUACAGAUUGCCGAGAUCUCACGUCGCUUCAGGCUCUUCUAUUCAUGAUCCUCUUCGUCCAGUCUAUUUCGAACCUGAGCACGUGUUAUGGGUUUGUGGGAAUUGCGCUACGCUCGGCAUUGCGAAUGGGGUUGCACCGCAACCUCCCUCAUGCCCGGGACACCGUCAUCGACGUAGAGUCGAGGCGACGUGUCUUCUCGGUAUGUCGACAACUCGACAUAUAUGUUUCGGCUGUGUUGGGAUUCCCGAUGCUGCUCAAUGACGAAGACAUCGAUCAGCCGCUACCAACGCCCGUGGAUGACCAGUUCAUCACCAAGGGCGGGUUGAUACCUGUGCCCGCGGGAACCACGUCCUUCUUUGAAGCAUUCAACGCACAUGCCCAGUUGAUGGACAUUCUGAGCAAGAUCAUCAAACAAAUCUACCCCCUGAAAGGAUUUGAGCAGGAUGCUGCUGAGGGCGGCCAGGCAGCUUCUUCCUUCAUGAUCAGUUAUGCACAGGUCAAGGAGAUGGAGAAGGUUCUUCAGAAGUGGAAUGAAGACUUGCCAGCUGCCUGGCGACCAGGAUCCGAGGGCCCUGAGGAAGUCGUUCGCGUCCGCAAUCUCCUCAGGUUCGGCUAUGCACAUGUGCAGAUGGUACUUUACCGGCCCUUCUUGCAUGCCGUCUCGUCAAGAACGACAGCCGACAAGAAGCCUGAUGAUCGUUCAUAUGCACUCGGCGCUGCGGGCAUCAAUGUGGCCCGAAAUAUUGUCCAUAUUGGUAUCGAAAUGCGAAAGCAGGUCUCACUGGUCGGUCCAUACUGGUUCACACUCUUUACCGAGUUCUUCGCCAUCAUUACGCUGGUAUUCUAUGUCCUAGAAAACGAGAACAAACCCGGCACGGCAGAGAUUCUGGCGGAUGCAGUAGCAGGCAGAGACAUGAUAAGCAAGCUCGCCCGGAGGAGCGUGGCUGCUGACCGCAUAUCAAACGCGCUAGAGGUCUUAUUUGACCAACUUCCCGAGACCAUGAAGACGGCCGGAUGCACCGCUGCGCCUUCCAAGAAACGUUCAGCUGCAUCCAAAGACUCCAUCGCAGCGACGGUCUCGCCCUCGACUUUGCAAGUGCAGACCAUGGAUCGUAUGGGGCAUAUCUCGGCAAAUGGAAAGGGGGGCUCUCUUGGGCCAAUGGCUUCCAAUGCUGGUUUCGACCUCGAUACGGGGUUUAGCAUGCCCGACUUCUCUCCAAGUGUACAGGGCAUGUCGCCUCUGGACUUGACAGCAACUCCCCCGGAUGCAGUGUCUACAACGCAGCCGGAAACCCUGCAGCAAGGGCCUGGCAGUGGGAUCAACCAGAUACAUCAGCUUGACGCCAUGAUGUUCCCGUCAGGUGACCCGCUAGCCUAUCCAAACCAACCAGGAAUGGAGUUUGGCGGAGGUACGCUGCACCAUGACCAGUCACAAUACUAUAUGCCUAACCUCUUCGAUGGCAUAGAAGGUCAACUGAUGAACCCGCUCCCGCCGUACAUGAUGCCGACGCAAGGACAACCAGGCUUUCCUUUUCCGACCCAGAUGUACCCGGAUCCCAUGCUGGCCAUCCAGAUGCAGCGGGGCCCUCAGCAGGUCCCUCAUCCGCAUCAGUCAACACCUCAGCACCCAUCGCAGCGGCGGCGGAUGUACAACCAGUUUGGUAAUCAACAACCAUGGUCCGGCAUGUUUCCUCAGUACGACUAG